AUGUCGCCAUCAUCAUCUGCGCUGCCUUCGCAGAACAAGCCCCGAUCCCGUCAAAGCUCCACCGCAACUCCUGUUCCCGGUCAAGAACCAUCAAAGGUUUCAUCGAAUGCACCGAAACCAUCAUCACGACCGCAAUCGCCAUAUCUCCAAAUUCAAAGCUCUUCGAAACCUCCACAUUACACGGUCUUCAUUCGCCUGCCUUUCACUCGGGGUGCCUUUGAGGAUCCGCCGCCGGUAGAAUGGAAUGCAGCCAAGGACAGGCAGUUGUGGAAGUUGAUUUCUGGUGGGAAGGGAGAUGUGGAUUGGGAGGGUCUGAGCAAUGACUUUGGUGUGGAUUUGGGGUUUCUGGUUAUGCAAGGGGCGUGGUUGAGCGAGCGGCACAUGGAGAGAAUGCGCAAACAAGUCGGUCGCAUAGCUCAGGGCGAUGGCACGGGCAGCGGAAGUGGAGUGGGAGGUAUCAGAAUGGAGAGGACAGGAAGUCGAGAAUCUAAGCUGCAGACUGGAUCUACUGUCUCUGCUUUCAAGCGGGACAGUCCCAUCACGCCAGUUGGUGGUGAAUCAUCACCCGGGACCAGUACGCCGCAGGGGAGAGUACCGAUAUCUCGUACGCCAUCCACCACAACUGUCACGCAGAGCAAGAUAACUGGUUCGAGGAUACAGCAACCUCUACAACGUGCAUUGCGAGGAUCGAGUGGAUCAGGACGAAGACCCGCACCUAUUGCUACAUCAGCUGGCCAGUCGCCUCGAGACGAGUACUACGAGGAUGCUAUCGAACACGAAGGCCCAUCAGAAUCAGACUCAGAAGAAGAGCCCUCAGCCGCAUCUCGAAGCCAAGCAUUCCGCCGCCCGCUCGUCAACCGAAAAGCAAAACAAACCCUCGGCACACUAGGCUCAGACGGCGACGCAGAAGCAGACGAAGAUGAUGACGACUCAGGCGGCUACCUCCCCUUCGCUACAUCCUCCAAACCCGACCCAGCAGCAACCAUCCGCGGCUCACCAAAACGACAGACUGCCACAAUCGCAACAGCAAAACCUAAAACCAUCCGUGAGAACUCCACGGCAACUGAGUCCUCUGCCUCUUCAGCCAGCAUGCACCGACAACCCUCCACCGACACGGACAACGGCACCGAAGGCCGCCAGCAACGACCUCCUGGGCCUCUGAGUCCCCGUCAUCGCGCCCAGCUUGCGAGCAUGUCGCCUCGGUAUCGCAAAGACGGUAGCGAGGGAUCGCCCAGUAUGGGCAGCAGUUUCAGCGACUUGGACGAUGCGAGCGUGACGCAAAGUGCGUUGGAGGAUGCUUUGAUGAGCAAUAUGCGCACGCAGGGGAGUUACGGGAGUAGCAUCGGCGGGAGGAUGAGUAGUCUAAGGGAUGCAUUGGGGAGGAGGGGACAGUGA